AUGGCCUACGAUGACAUUUUGCCGUACCUCGGCGGAUUCGGAACAUAUCAGUUGCGCACCUACGUGUUGCUAUGUCUGCCGGCAAUCUCCUGCGCAUUCCACAAGUUGGCCGGUGUGUUUCUGCUUGCCGCACCGGAUUACCGGUGCCGGUUGCCGUACGAGCUGGAUAACGCUUCCUACCCGCUACCAACCGACCGGCUCACACUGGCCUACCCGAUCGACACACUAACGGGCAAGUACUCAACGUGCAACUAUCUCGAUGCGAACUUUACCGACGAUUACUGGGCCGGAGGAACGCCGGCCGCCGAUGUCCGUGCCUGCCAUCAGUGGGUUUACGAUCGUAGCAAGUUCGAAAGUAGCACCGUCACGGAAUGGGACAUGGUGUGCGAUCGGAGCUGGCUGCGUGCAUCAGCCGACUCGCUUUUUAUGGUGGGCGUAAUGGUGGGUAGCAUAGUGUUCGGGUACCUCUCGGACAAGUACGGCCGGAAGCCCAUCUUCUUUGCGUCGCUAGUGCUGCAGGUGAUCUUUGGCGUGCUGGCCGGUAUUGCGCCCGAGUUUUUCACCUACACGCUGGCCCGGAUGGUGGUCGGUGCAACUACGUCCGGUGUGUUCCUGGUAGCGUAUGUGAUCGCGAUGGAAAUGGUAGGACCAAGCGAUCGUUUGUAUGCCGGAGUCGUGUGCAUGAUGUUCUUCUCCGUCGGGUACAUGCUGACGGCCGGCUUUGCGUACUUCAUUCACGAUUGGCGCAUGCUGCAGAUCGCCCUAACCGUACCCGGCAUACUGUUCCUGUGCUACUGGCUAUUUAUUCCCGAAUCUGCACGCUGGCUACUGUCGAAUGGACGCCCAGCGGAAGCGAUCACUCUCAUCGAGAAGGUUGCCCGCUGCAAUAAGGUUACGGUACCACCGGAAGCGCUGGAAAAAUUGCGCGAGGAAGAUAAAGCUCAACAGCUGGAGGAAACGAACGAACCGAAACCUUCGCUACUCGAUAUCUUCAAACAUCCGAACCUGCGCCGGAAAGCGAUGCUCAUCUUUUUCGACUGGUUCGUCAACAGUCUCACGUACUACGGACUGUCCUGGAACACGAACAACCUUGGUGGAAAUCCGUUGCUUAACUUUGUCAUCAGCGGUGCGGUGGAAAUUCCGGCUUACUCGUUCCUGCUGCUCACACUCAACCGCUGGGGCCGACGGACGAUCCUGUGCGGGUGUAUGAUCUUCGCCGGCACAAUGCUCCUGACGACGAUGGUAGUUCCUGCCUCCCAGCAGUGGCUUAUCGUCGUGCUGGCGAUGUUGGGAAAGAUGGCCAUUACCUCGAGCUACGGUACCGUGUACGUAUUUUCGGCCGAACAGUUCCCAACGGUCAUCCGUAACGUGGCACUCGGUGCAUCGUCCACUAGUGCGCGUGUUGGUGGCAUACUGGCACCGUACUUCAAUUUGCUCGGUGACUACUGGCAACCAUUGCCGCUGCUCAUCUUCGGUGCGCUGGCAUUCGUUGGCGGUGUGCUGUCGCUGCUGCUGCCGGAAACGCACAACCAAAAGCUGCCGGAAACGAUAGCGGAUGGAGAAAACUUUGGCAAACAGAAGUCGGUACCGGGUGAAGAAGGUGCUGCUAGUGGUGGUGGUGGUAACAUCGUCGGGAACAGCGAUCGUGAUGUGGAGCGUACGGCGGAAGAAAUGCAAGUGCUGAGAAAACCGGAACCCCCCUUAACGGAAGGCGAAGAAGAUAUUGAUUCGACUGCGUUGAAAGAGGGAGGAGACAAUGCAAAGCAAAAGUAUUGA